AUGCCAGCCUUCGGUGUGAACCUUCCAACCGCCUACGUCAUUAUUGUUGCUCUCACCCUUAUCGUCUGGACUCUUUUGGCUCUAGCAAUCCGGUUAUUCAUCCGCUUCGGCAUCAGCGAGCCUUGGGGUCACGAUGACUCGGCAUGCGUGCUCGCGACCGUCUUCGGUUCGCUCUAUUCCAGCCUGACAUUGCUUGAGAUCCGCUAUGGUUUGGGCGAGCACUCAAGCGGUUUAAAUCCGGACAUCAUUGGCUGGUCACAGUUCCUUCUCUGGUUCACGAAUAUGUUGUACGCCACCAGCCACGAACUUGCCAUACUUUCUGUAUGCUACUUCAUACUGCGGCUGUGCGGCCCGACUAACAAGGUCUGGACUCCGCGAUGCAUUGCGAUUGUCACAUACCUUUGGCUUCUCGCUGCUGUUUUCGCCUUCGCCUUCCAGUGCAGGCUGCCAACACCAUGGAACCUAACGAGGCCGAGGCUUUGUAUCAAUCUUGUAAGUGGAGCUGAAGGCACUCGCUGCUUCAGAGGCUGACAUCAGUAGUGGGCCUUAUAUGCAUCGAUCGAAGUCUCCAAGACUGGUCUUGAUCUCGCCAAUACAGUCGCUGCACUGAUCCUUGUAUGGACUUUGCAAAUGCCAAUGAAGCCUAAGGCGCAGGUCUGCUUCCUGUUCGGUAUACGUCUGGUGUGCGUGAUCCAGGGGACUAAACGACAUUGUGAGCCUUCAACUAACUCCUUGUUAGCCUUCUG